AUGUCAUCAAGACAAUCAACACCAAUGUCUGACCAUUCACAUGCCGAAGGAGUCCGCAAGCGUGUGUGCAAAGCAUGCGAUCGAUGUCGUUUGAAGAAAUCCAAGUGUGAUGGAUCCAGUCCAUGUUCGCGCUGUCGAGCAGAUAACGCUGUCUGUGUCUUCGGGGAGCGGAAGAAGCCUCAUGACAAAGUGUACCCCAAGGGAUAUGUUGAGAUGCUUGAACAGCAACAGUCCUGGCUGGUACACGGCCUUCAAGAAAUGUACCGUCGUGCGAUCGAAGGUGAAAGCUGGUCCGGAGACCUGCUGAAGACCGAGACGAAUGGCCAUCCACUCACCCACGAUAUUCUCACCCGCCUCGGGGUCCUCGAUCGCUCUAAAGGCGAAAUUUUUGAAGAAAACCCCGGCAUUCCAUGUCGUCAGGAGACCUCCAAUGAUACCCUCGAACCAAAUUCGCCUGUUGCUCGCUCGAGUUUCUCGUCUGACUCACUCUCUCAUCAGGAGAUGCCACCGACCCCUCCUACAUACAAUAACGGUCCCGUCUUUCGCACUCCGAUCAAGUCUGAGCCCCUUUCUCAUAACUCAUCAUUUGGGCUGCCAUUACGAGGAGUCGAUGAUCCACUAGGAUUACAACCGUGGCCCAACAAUGGAUUCGAUUCGUUCGACAAUGUUAGUCUAUUGGAUGACAUGGACAUGAUGAUGACCGCCGACUACACGAGCUUGACCUUUAACAACAAUUUCACGUCGCCUAUGUUCAACCGUCAGGGGCCCAUAGGCUCCAUUCCGUCCAACGAAUACGAGGAUUUCAACCAGUUUUUCAACACAAAUCCGACAGAGCACCCUUCCGUCUAA